AUACGUGUGUUCAUCAAUGUAACCAUGUCAGAUGGCAAAUUGUUGGAUUUUGUCAAGGAUAUUCUAAACAACCUUGUUUUAACUGACCAACACAGUGGAUCAUGAAUGUUUCGGAUUUUUGGACUGAGAACUUGAGAAGUUUUUCCAUCUCGGAUCUACAGCACAAAGAAAGUUAAAUUAAACAAACAAUAUGAAUUAUACAGGAUAUUCCAGUCAAAUGACAUGAAAAUGAAUGCCAACGACAUCUCUUGCAGCAUCAAUACAACAUCAAUACAAGAAUAUCAGCAUAAAAUCUACGCAAUUUUCUACACAGUCAUUCUCGUUCCUGGAUUGAUCUGCAAUGUUCUUGCUCUCUGGGUUUUCUAUGCCUACGUGAAGGAGACAAAAAAAGCUGUAAUAUUCAUGAUCAAUCUGGCCAUUGCUGACCUGCUGCAGGUGUUGUCGUUACCUCUGCGCAUUUACUACUAUCUCAACGAGUCAUGGCCUUUCGGUCAGGUUGCUUGCAUGGUCUGUUUCUAUUUGAAGUAUGUCAAUAUGUACGCCAGCAUCUUCUUCCUGGCAUGCAUCAGCGUGAGACGCUGUCGACUCAUUAUCCACCCAUUGCACUGCGGUGCAACAAAAAGACAGCAGAAUCAUAGCUGGUGCGUUGCUGGGUGGUUCAUUGUGUGUUUAGGAUGCCUACCGUUCCCGCUUCUAAGAAGAAACCCAUCCACUCCUCUACACUGCUUCUCUGAACUACCAAUGAUGCAACUGAAUAUGGUGUUAGGAGUGUCCCUAGUGACGGUUGCAGAAAUCAUGGGUUUUCUUCUUCCGUUGUCUGUGGUGGUCAUUUGCACGUGGUUGACCGCAGCAAGUCUGCGUGAGAAAACCAGUGUUCUGCAAGAUUCUGGGGAAAAACACAAGGCUCUCAAGAUGGUUUUGAGCUGUGCUACUGUAUUCCUGGUCUGUUUCGUUCCCUAUCACAUCACUUUCCCUUUAGACUUUCUGGCCAAAUCCAAUUUUACUGUUAGUUGUGCUUUUAAGAGUGCUGUGCUUCAUACACAUCCCAUCACACUGUGUCUGGCAAGCUUGAACUGUUGUCUGGAUCCAGUCAUGUACUACUUUACCACUGAUGAGUUCAAGUGCCGUCUGUCCAGGCCAGAGUUGCAGGAAAGUUUGCAGUUUCACCACAAGAUAUCUUGCUCCACACAUGAGGCUGUGAGAUCUGAGCCCGAAGAGUGAAGGACAGACAGAGUACACAGAACACUGGGUCAACAAUUUCCUUAUGUACAUUGGGAAUUAGAGGAACCUAUUUUGAUGAGAAAUGUUAAUGUUCAAGCUGCCGAAAUUGAAUUAACCUUGACAAUGCACAAAAACUUUUACAGGUGUGUGAAUACAAAGAGAGAAUUUGACAAGUAAAAUGUUCUGCUCUUAAAGAUCAUGAAAAUGGACAAAAUAUUUUAAAUUAAAAAAUACCUUUAAACAGUUGUCAAUGGUAUAGUUAAGGAAAACGUGUAGUAAACACAAAAAUUUUCCACUGUAAGAAACCAUUUAGGUUUAAACUUUGCUUCAUAAAGCCUUAAUUUCCUAUGACACACACAAGUGUUUGAAUGAAAAGUGGGUCAGACUUCUCAAGUAAUUUCACAUUGCAAUAGCUGUGAGGGUCUAUUUGUGCAAAAAAAAAAAUAUUUAUAUAAAUAAUCAUGUUGCUUCUGCCUGAAUUCCAAGUACUGGAUUUAAAAAAAUAUAAACCGUAAACAUACACACAGGAAAUAUCAUGGUGUUGGGCCUCAUGUAUUCGGAUACAAGACAAAGGUAGGCCCACAAAAACAAAGUCAUAAAUCUUACUAAUAAAAACCGUGCUAAAAUCAAACAAAGGGAUUACAAAACCAACUAAAAAUCCCAAGAAGCCUUGCUCACUUUACAACUGUGUGAAAUUACAA